AUGCCUAGUAAUCCCGACAGAUGUGACUACUUCCUCCGCUUCAGCUCGAAGAUUAGCGGGCGCCUGACGACCCCGGCUGAACCGUACAUCAGAAACGUGUAUGCGAUUGCAAAGAGACAUUUUGGCAGCAGAGUCCACUUCUGGCAUGAGAUGAAUGAGACCGAGGACGAGCUGCAAUGGGGCUGUUACGAUUGGGAGGAAGUGCACGAUGCGAGUGAAAAGCUUAGAGAACUGGAGAAACAGGACAAGCUCACCUCGGCACAGCAGCUACAUGAGCACGUCGCCGAUAUCGUGUGA